AUUUUAAACCACACACAUACGCCUCCAUCUUUAUUCUCGUUCUCAACUCUGAACUUGCCCUCUCUCUGUCUCUGCGACUGCAAACUACAAAAUCUACAAGAAUCAGAUCAGCCUCCCAAAUCGCCUCCAUCUCUAUUCUCGUUCUCAACUCUGAACUUGCCCUCUCUCUGUCUCUGUAACUGCAAACUACAAAAUCUACUAGAAUCAGAGCCCAUAUUCACAUAUCAUUUCAGAUUGUUCAAAAUAGCAAAACCCAUAUCCUUUAGUUUCCAUCGCCCGCUGUUCUAGUUCGGGUUCGCCGUUCGCAAGCUUCAGCCGCUGGCCUUCUGUCUCUUAACUCUCAAGCCCCUUUCUCUGCAACUGCUAACUUGAUUUGAAAGACUAAUUGGUAAAUUUGGGUUGAAACAAGCUGAAGGCCCUUAUAUAGGGAAGUGGAGUCGAUGUCAAAGAGAUCACUCCGCAGUAAUGCCGAGAAAUUUGAGUUUCAGGCUGAGGUGUCUCGGCUCAUGGACAUCAUUAUCAACUCUCUUUACAACAACAAAGAUAUUUUCGUGAGGGAGUUUAUCUCCAAUGCUUUUGAUGCGCUGGACAAGAUUAGGUUCCUUGCACUCACUGACAAGGAAGUUUUGGGUGAAGGUUAUAAUACUAAGCUUGAGAUCAGGUCAAAGCUAGGAUUGCGGGUUGCCGUUGCCGUUACUUUUUUUGUUGCGGCUAUAUUUUUUUUUGGCUCGUGAAGAAGUUGCAAGAAGAUAUGAAGAAUUUUUGUUUUAUUUUGGUUAAGUAAAUAUAUAAGGUGUGGAUAAUGUACUUAUUUGAAAUUUGUAUAUGGCUAAUUUUUGUAUAAAACAAUGAUUUGAAAUUAGUUAUAUAUAUAUAUAUAUAUAUAUAUAUAUAUAUAUAUAUAUGAUGUUAUUGGUCAGUUGUAAAUUAUUUUGGUUA